AUUCAGUAUUGAAAAUGAAUAGUAAGUGUGAGGACUUACAUUCUUUUUUCAGCUUAUAAUCUUCACAAAACCAUUUGUACAACAAUUCACUCAAUUGUAGUGUUUAAAUCUAAUCAACAAAGCGUGAAUUUUAUUUGUGAAUAAAUCAGCUCUUUUAUCAUUAAAAGUUAGUCAUACAAACAGACUGAUAUACUUUAAACAUUAUUUGUUGUGACAAUUGUAUUUUUAAGUAUAGAAAAGUGAACGUUCGCUUCAAUCAACAUGAAACUUCAAAACAUAUUAUCAAGAGUAUUAGACAGAGGAAAAAAAGUGAAAAGUUUUGAUGUCAGCACAAAGUCAAGUGAGACAACUUCAGACAAUGGAGGAAUCAGUACAUUCAGACGAUACCUUCCUCAAAUUUUGGCCAGUUCAGCAAAAAAUAUGUUGAUUGUAGAUUUUGGCUUAUCAAUCGCAUUUUCUACAAUUUUAAUUCCUGCUUUAUUUGGAUUGAAUCCUGCUUUAAAUCCAAACGAAACAUUGUCGAUAACCCCCGAUGAAGCUACGUGGCUCGGCAGCAUUACUGUAAUUUGUCAGCCAAUUGGUGGCGUCUUGUCUGGCUUUUUAACAGAACCAUUGGGCAGAAAAAUGGCUUUGAUAUGUGUGAAUAUCCCAUAUGUUGUUGCUUGGAUUUUAUUAUAUUAUGCCAACUCAUUGAUGAUGAUUUACAUUUCAUUUGGUCUACUGGGGACUGGUCUGGGUCUUAUGGAAGCUCCGAUUUUCACAUAUAUCGGCGAAAUAUGUGAGCCAAGUAUUCGCGGUAUUUUAACUGCUAGUGCUAGUGUCUCUGCAGCGUUUGGUAUUGGAUUGGUUUAUUUUUUGGGCAGUCAUACGUCUUGGCGUAUAGCAGCGCUGAUUUGUGCAGUGAUUCCAAUUUUGUCUAUUAUUUUCAUUUCGUUUAUGCCCGAAACACCCAUUUGGCUAAUUUCCAGAAACCGUCAAGAAGACGCAUUGAAAAGUCUUCGGUGGUUGCGUGGUUGGGUAGAUGCAAAGGCCGUUCAAAAUGAAUUCAAUGACCUGCAAAGGAGUCGGGUUUCUGCGCAAAUAUGUUACCAAUGCGAAAAGGAAAAUGAAAUCUGUGAACAUCCACCACCAACAAUAAACGACAAAAUUCGAGACCUCUUUCGCAGACGCAUACUUCGCCCCUUCAUUCUGAUUUCAUGUCUAUUUUUUUUUGCCGCAUUUUGUAGUAUUUCUCCUUAUCGACCAUACAUGGUUCAAAUACUCUACUUUUAUCAAUCACCCAUGGAUCCGAAUGAAGUGUUGACACAUCUUGGAUACAGUGGAUUUAUUGCGAAUGUUUUACUGGUUCUAACUAUUCGGGCAUUUGGAAAGCGUUCCAUCUUCUUAUGGACGAUGGCAUUUAUUGUGCUCGUUUUAUUUGGAUUGGGAAUUUAUGGUUUUAUGUAUCUCACAUUGAACUUAACUUCAUUCGAUAUAAAUACAAGCACGGCUCAUGUUCCAGCAAAUGCAUCACUCAUUCAAUAUCUACCAAUUUUGGCUUUUCAUAUAUUACAAUGUCUCGGUAAUUAUGGUGUUUGUGCCAUUCCAAAUAUGAUGUUGUGUGAAGUGUUUCCAUUCAAGUCAAAAGCGUUCGCAACGGGAAUAGUUGGUGCAUUUUACUACAUUUCCAUGUUUUUAGCAUCGAAAACAUUUUAUAUCUUGGAGCUGCUUUUAACACUUCCUGGUCUUAGUAUUUUUUAUGGAUGUAUAGGGACCGUUGGAUUCAUUGCAAUGUAUCUGACAUUGCCCGAAACAGAAGGAAGGACGCUUGAAGAUAUUGAAAUUUAUUUUUCCGACCGAAAACGUUCAAUAUUCCAUAUCAAUAUUCCACAUCAAAAUUGAUCAACAAAAAAAUUACAAAUAUAAAAAAAUUGUUGUAGAAUAAAAUGUUUGGAUCGCUUUUUUAUUUUGUUUAUGAUUAAAUGUUUAUAUUGAAUUGUCCAUUAUCACAA